UAAACUCCAGGGUUAAUUAAAAUAAAAAAUAAUAGUUGUGGAUAUUUUUUUUUUUUACCGGAAAGAGAUAAUUUUGCUCUCCCUCUGACACUCUCUCUUGUUUCUUAUCCGGCGACGGUUGCAGCACGCAGGAGCAGCAGUGUCCGACGGUUUGCGACCGUAACAGCGCGUCUUCUUCUCCGGCGUACCGUGCGCAAGUGGCGAAGCAGUACCCACGACGGUGAUUCGCGACCCAUCUCCUCAUCUAUCGCGGCGGCGGCAGCGUGUUUCGGCCCUAGCCGGCGCGUUUAGGCUCAUAGCGGCGUGACGAUAUUAACACCCACGACCCGACGACUUCAGAUCUGCAAGAUUGGGUUCCUUCGAACACUUUCAAGCAAGGAGUUAUUUUCAGCAAGAUUGAGGCAGUAACAAUCAGUAGGGUCCUAAGGCAAGACUAUGGCUAUAACGGCCCCAGGGCAGCUCAAUGUUAAUGAGUCCCCUUCGUGGGGAUCUAGAAGCGUCGAUUGCUUUGAAAAACUGGAGCAGAUUGGCGAAGGCACUUAUGGUCAAGUUUACAUGGCCAGAGAAUUAAAAACAGGUGAAAUUGUUGCACUGAAGAAAAUACGAAUGGAUAAUGAGAGGGAGGGGUUCCCUAUUACUGCCAUUCGAGAAAUCAAAAUUCUAAAGAAGCUCCAUCAUGAAAAUGUAAUCAAGUUGAAAGAGAUCGUGACAUCUCCAGGUCCUGAGCAGGAUGAACAAGGGAAGCCAGAUGGUAACAAGUAUAAAGGUGGCAUCUACAUGGUUUUCGAGUACAUGGACCAUGAUUUGACAGGUCUUGCUGAUCGUCCAGAGAUGAGGUUUUCAGUUCCCCAAAUCAAGUGCUACAUGAGGCAGCUUCUCACAGGGCUUCACUAUUGUCAUGUAAAUCAAGUACUGCAUAGGGAUAUAAAAGGCUCAAAUUUGCUUAUUGACAAUGAUGGAAAUCUGAAGCUUGCAGAUUUUGGGCUUGCCCGGUCGUUUUCUAAUGAUCACAAUGCAAAUCUAACAAAUCGCGUCAUUACCUUAUGGUACAGACCGCCUGAGUUGCUGCUUGGGUCAACAAAAUAUGGUCCAGCUGUAGACAUGUGGUCUGUUGGUUGUAUUUUUGCAGAGCUUCUACAUGGGAAGCCAAUAUUCCCUGGCAAGGACGAGCCGGAGCAAUUGAAUAAGAUCUUUGAGCUAUGUGGUGCUCCAGAUGAGGUCAAUUGGCCUGGGGUUUCAAAAAUCCCUUGGUACAACAAUUUGAAACCCACAAGGCCGAUGAAGAGACGUCUUAGAGAAGUUUUCAGGCAUUUUGAUCGUCAUGCUUUAGAAUUGUUGGAGAAGAUGCUCACUCUUGAUCCUUCUCAGAGAAUUGCUGCGAAGGAUGCCCUAGAUGCAGAGUAUUUUUGGACAGAUCCAUUACCUUGCGACCCUAAGAGUUUACCCAAGUAUGAAGCAUCGCACGAGUUCCAGACAAAGAAGAAGCGUCAACAGCAACGACACCAUGAAGAAACUGCAAAGCGACAGAAGUUACAACACGCACAGCAUGGUGGACGUCUUCCACCUAUUCAGCAGUCGGGGCAAGCUCAUGCGCAGAUGCGACCAGUAGCUAACCAGCCUAUUCAUGGGUCUCAACCUCCAAUUGCCGCAGGGCCUAGCCAUCAUUUUGGGGGGAAGCCUCGUGGACCCCCAGGUCCUGGUAGGUAUCCCUCAGGUGGAAAUCCUUCUUCUGGAUACAACCACCCGAGUCGUGGUGGUCAAGGUGUGGGUGGUUAUGGCAACACACAAUAUACUCAAGGACGAGGUGCACCAUAUGGAUCUGGUAACAUUUCUGGUGCUGGUCCCCGAGGUGGGGCUGGAGGUGGUGGUUAUGGUGUGGGAGCUUCAAGUUACCCACAGAAUGGUCCAUAUGCUGGUAGUUCUGGUACUGGCCGUGGCUCCAAUGUGAUGGGUGGAAACAGAAACCAGCAAUAUGGGUGGCAACAGUGACAGAAUAUAGCUGUAACGUGCAUUUGCCUCUUCAAAAAGUACGUAAUUGAUCAGACAUAACAUAGCGUUUUCAGCUUGUACCACCUUAUUAUCACUAAUCCUGUCAAAAAUGAUUGGUCAGUUUAAUUAUCGUACAAUGGUCAGUGGAAAGGCGUGGGUGCUUUUAAGCUUCGCAAAAUUAGUGUAUGCACGGUGGUACAGCUUUUCCUGUAAUUUUUCUUUGCGUUGUUUUAUCAAAGCAACUUAGAAACAGGGCUUUCUGUGAGAAGGUACCACAAGCAUAUCGUCUGCAAAAUAUUCUUUGUUCCUGAAGGCUGAAGGAAAUGAGACGUGUUUUUUGCAGCUUGAUAUGAGAGGUGGUCAGGAAGCAUUACUUGAUAUGAUUGCAAAUUUUCUUCCUGCCAAAUCAGACCGAGCUUCCUCAGAUCGUUCCUCUGUAAUGAAUUGCUCCCUGUUAUGCAACAAAAGUGGAACUGUUUUGUUGUCCUGUAAGCUUUUAGUUUUUUACUGGGCCUGUUUGUUAAAUUAGUGCUCAGCGAACGCAAGUAAUUCACUAUUUCUUAGAGAAUUAAUACUGUUCUAUAAGUUCUUAAAGUAGUCGGGUGCUUAUGUCAGGUCAAGUUUAAUUCUUGAAACAAGUCUGUAGUUUAGCUUUUCAAGGAACAGGUUUAUAAAGUUUCGUGGAAGGCUUUGGAUCAAAGGAAACCUAAUUUCUAUUGUUGAUCUUGAUCCAAUAUGGCUUGAGAUUCUUCAUAAUAUAUAAUGUGGCCCUUCAGACUUCUCAA